GCGGCGGCGGCGGCGGUGGCAGUUCGCGGCGAGGUCGACAGUUCCUAACCCCGAGUAGCCCUCCGGUGGACCUCCAUGCCCUCCUCUGCAUGAACACAUUGAUUUGAAGAUGGUGAAGCUAGAUAUUCACACUCUAGCUCAUCACCUCAAGCAGGAACGCUUAUAUGUAAACUCUGAGAAACAGCUCAUUCAGAGGCUCAAUGCAGAUGUACUUAAGACAGCUGAGAAGUUGUAUCGUACGGCAUGGAUUGCUAAGCAGCAGAGAAUUAAUUUGGAUCGGCUUAUCAUAACCAGUGCCGAAGCUUCCCCGGCAGAAUGUUGCCAACAUGCUAAGAUUCUGGAAGAUACACAGUUUGUUGAUGGAUAUAAGCAAUUAGGAUUUCAAGAGACUGCUUAUGGGGAAUUCUUGAGUCGAUUAAGGGAAAAUCCUCGUCUUAUUGCCUCCUCUUUGGUUGCGGGAGAAAAACUUAAUCAGGAGAACACACAAAGUGUUAUUUACACAGUCUUUACCUCCCUUUAUGGCAACUGUAUUAUGCAAGAAGAUGAAAGCUACCUCCUCCAGGUUUUGCGAUACUUGAUUGAAUUUGAACUGAAAGAAAGUGACAACCCCAGGCGGCUUUUGAGGAGAGGAACUUGUGCCUUCAGCAUUUUAUUUAAACUUUUUUCUGAAGGACUGUUUUCUGCCAAACUUUUCCUCACAGCUACGCUACAUGAGCCAAUCAUGCAACUGCUUGUUGAAGAUGAAGAUCACCUGGAAACAGAUCCAAACAAAUUAAUUGAGAGAUACUCCCCAUCUCAACAGGAAAAACUCUUUGGAGAGAGAGGCUCAGACAGAUUCAGGCAAAAGGUUCAAGAGAUGGUGGAUUCCAAUGAGGCCAAACUAGUGGCUUUGGUGAACAAAUUUAUUGGGUAUCUCAAACAGAACACAUAUUGCUUUCCACAUAGUUUGAGGUGGAUUGUAUCACAGAUGUACAAAACUCUAUCUUGUGUAGAUAGACUGGAAGUUGGGGAGGUCAGGGCAAUGUGUACCGAUCUUCUCCUGGCUUGCUUCAUUUGUCCUGCAGUUGUCAAUCCAGAACAGUAUGGAAUAAUUUCUGAUGCUCCUAUUAAUGAAGUGGCAAGAUUUAACCUGAUGCAGGUUGGCCGCCUCUUGCAGCAGUUAGCAAUGACUGGUUCUGAAGAGGGAGAUCCUCGGACGAAAAACAGCCUUGGGAAAUUUGACAAAAGUUGUGUUGCUGCUUUCCUUGAUGUUGUCAUUGGGGGCCGUGCAGUGGAGACACCUCCAAUGUCCUCUGUUAAUCUUCUGGAAGGAUUGAGCCGAACUGUGGUUUAUAUAACCUACGGUCAGCUUAUUACUCUGGUAAAUUUUAUGAAGAGUGUAAUGUCUGGAGAUCAACUGAGAGAGGAUAGAAUGGCUCUUGACAAUUUAUUGUCAAACCUACCCCAGGCCAAGCCAGGAAAAAGCAGCAGUUUGGAAAUGACUCCCUACAGUACUCCUCAACUGUCUCCAGCAACCACUCCAGCAAAUAAAAAGAAUCGAUUACCCAUAGGACAACAGUUAGCCGCCAUCACUGCCUGGGAUUCCUCAGCCACCAAUCUUACUGCUCAUAUUACUCUAGUAACCCCAUUUGCGACUCGGAGUAGAAGCCGUACCAAUAUGCUAAUGGACCAGCAUAUGGAUCAUGAAGGAUCAUCUCAAGAAACCAUCCAUGAAGUACAACCAGAAGAGGUUUUGGUCAUUUCCUUAGGGACAGGUCCCCAGCUUACUCCAGGGAUGAUGUCUGAAAAUGAGGUCCUAAACAUGCAACUUUCAGAUGGAGGGCAAGGCGAUGUCCCUGUUGAUGAAAACAAACUCCACGGUAAACCUGAUAAAACCUUGCGCUUUUCCCUCUGCAGUGAUAAUCUGGAAGGAAUAUCUGAAGGUCCUUCAAAUCGCUCCAAUUCAGUGUCUUCUCUAGACCUGGAAGGAGAAUCUGUAUCAGAACUUGGAGCAGGACCCUCUGGGAGUAAUGGAGUUGAAGCUCUGCAGCUAUUAGAGCAUGAACAAGCCACAACACAAGAUAAUCUUGAUGACAAGCUGAGGAAGUUUGAAAUUCGUGACAUGAUGGGACUAACAGAUGAUAGGGACAUAUCGGAAACAGUGAGUGAGACUUGGAGUACAGAUGUCUUGGGAAGUGACUUUGACCCCAACAUUGAUGAAGAUCGUUUACAGGAAAUUGCAGGUGCAGCAGCAGAGAACAUGCUAGGCAGUUUGCUGUGUCUACCAGGUUCAGGGUCAGUGCUUCUUGACCCCUGCACUGGUUCUACCAUAUCAGAAACAACCAGCGAAGCUUGGAGUGUAGAGGUAUUGCCAAGUGACUCAGAGGCCCCAGACCUAAAGCAGGAGGAACGUCUACAAGAAUUGGAGAGCUGUUCAGGACUGGGUAGCACAUCUGAUGAUACCGAUGUCAGGGAGGUCAGUUCCCGCCCCAGCACACCAGGCCUCAGUGUUGUGUCGGGCAUAAGUGCAACCUCUGAGGAUAUUCCCAAUAAAAUUGAAGACUUGAGGUCUGAGUGCAGCUCUGAUUUUGGGGGUAAAGAUUCUGUCACUAGUCCAGACAUGGAUGAAGUGACCCAUGGUAAGAACGGCAAAGGGGAACAGCUUUUUGGUGCCCAUCAGUUGACUUCACCUCCUUCUCAAUCAGAGUCUCUGCUUGCCAUGUUUGAUCCACUGUCUUCACAUGAAGGGCCUUCUGCUGUGGUAAGGCCAAAGGUUCACUAUGCUAGGCCAUCCCAUCCACCACCGGAUCCCCCAAUCCUGGAAGGCGCUGUGGGAGGCAAUGAGACCAGGCUGCCAAACUUUGGUUCACAUGUUUUAACUCCUGCUGAAAUGGAGGCAUUCAAGCAAAGGCAUUCUUACCCAGAGAGACUAGUUCGCAGUAGGAGCUCUGACAUAGUAUCAUCUUCUCUCCGGCGUCCCAUGAGUGACCCCAGCUGGAACCGACGUCCAGGCACUGAAGAGCGAGAACUCCCUCCAGCUGCAGCCAUUGGUGCUACUACUUUGGUGGCUGCACCUCACUCAUCCUCUUCAUCCCCGAGUAAGGAUUCCUCAAGAGGAGAGACUGAAGAACGCAAAGAUAGCGACGAUGAGAAAUCAGACAGGAACAGACCAUGGUGGAGAAAACGUUUUGUUUCUGCUAUGCCUAAAGCUCCUAUACCAUUUAGAAAGAAAGAAAAACAAGAAAAAGACAAAGAUGAUCUGGGGCCUGACAGAUUCUCAACACUCACAGAUGAUCCCAGCCCUAGACUCAGUGCACAAGCUCAAGUUGCUGAGGAUAUCCUGGACAAAUACAGGAACGCGAUUAAACGAACCAGCCCCAGUGAAGGAGCAAUGGCAAACUAUGAAAGUGCAGAAGUGAUGGGUGAUGGUGAAAGUGCACAUGAUUCUCCUCGUGAUGAAGCUCUGCAGAACAUCUCAGCUGAUGAUCUCCCAGACUCUGCGAGCCAAGCAGCCCACCCUCAGGAUUCAGCUUUCUCUUACAGAGAUGCAAAAAAGAAACUGAGGCUUGCACUUUGUUCUGCGGACUCGGUUGCUUUCCCAGUGCUAACUCAUUCACGGAAUGGUUUGCCAGACCACACAGACCCAGAAGACAAUGAAAUUGUAUGUUUCUUAAAAGUUCAAAUAGCUGAAGCAAUCAAUUUACAAGAUAAAAACUUAAUGGCACAACUUCAAGAAACCAUGCGGUGUGUGUGCCGCUUUGAUAAUAGGACGUGUAGGAAACUGCUGGCAUCGAUAGCUGAGGACUACAGGAAAAGGACCCCAUAUAUUGCUUACCUAACUCGUUGUCGACAAGGACUGCAGACCACCCAGGCUCACCUGGAAAGGCUGUUGCAAAGGGUUUUGCGGGACAAGGAGGUGGCCAAUCGAUAUUUUACUACUGUCUGCGUGAGGUUACUGCUGGAGAGCAAAGAAAAGAAGAUUAGAGAAUUCAUUCAAGACUUUCAGAAACUCACAGCAGCUGAUGAUAAAACUGCUCAGGUUGAAGACUUUCUGCAGUUUCUUUACGGUGCGAUGGCUCAGGACGUCAUAUGGCAGAAUGCGAGUGAAGAGCAGCUUCAGGAUGCUCAGCUGGCCAUUGAGCGUAGUGUGAUGAAUCGGAUUUUCAAGCUUGCGUUCUACCCUAAUCAGGAUGGGGACAUACUUCGUGACCAGGUCCUUCAUGAACAUAUUCAGAGAUUGUCUAAAGUAGUGACUGCAAAUCACAGAGCUCUUCAGAUACCAGAGGUCUAUCUCCGGGAGGCACCGUGGCCAUCUGCACAAUCAGAAAUCAGGACCAUAAGUGCUUACAAAACCCCCAGGGACAAAGUGCAGUGCAUCCUGAGAAUGUGCUCUACUAUUAUGAACCUCCUGAGCUUGGCCAAUGAAGACUCUGUCCCUGGAGCAGAUGACUUCGUCCCCGUUUUGGUAUUUGUGUUGAUAAAGGCAAAUCCACCUUGUUUGUUGUCCACUGUCCAGUAUAUCAGUAGCUUUUAUGCCAGCUGUCUGUCUGGAGAAGAGUCCUAUUGGUGGAUGCAGUUCACAGCUGCAGUGGAAUUCAUUAAAACCAUUGAUGACCGGAAGUGACCAAGAUCAAGGCCCACCAAAGCAGCAGACUAUAUAUUAGUUGGGCAAAUCGUUUUCAGAGGAAAUUUACCAGCUGCUUUGAAGGCUGAAGAUUGCUUUUGUAUAAUAUUGUACAGCACUCAGACAUUUAAAAACAGAUCUUUACUAAACAGAUUAAUGAGCUAUCAAGCAGGUUUUCUUUGGGCUCUUUUCCUUUCAGAGUUGCAUAAUUUGUGACUUUUUUUGUCCACCCAGUAGAGACUGAAUAGCACUGCAAAAAGGGACCACAUUUUUCAGGUAUUUUAAAAUAUUAUAAAACAAAAAGUCUCUUAGGAAAUUCCUAGAUAUCUCCAUCCAUGGAUACACAUUCUUUCCUUUUCUUUAAAAAAAAAAAAACAACUUAAAAAGGAACAGUACACCUCUUAAGAUACCAUCUAAUUUGUGUGCAUCUGAUGGAAGGAAAAUGCCGAUUGCACUGAGGAAUGUAGUAAUGGUGACAUUAGUGGCAUUAUCUAUAAAUGCACUCAACUAAAUAGAAAAGAUACGAAGGAAAUGUAAAUAUAAUAUAUAUUUAUAUUUGAUGUAUUAAGGACAUCUUCAGAUUCUAAUAAACAAGGGAUGUUUCUGGAAAUAGGUUGUAAACAUACCCUCUUGUGAAAUGGUUGCCUUGACAAAGUUAAGCUGAGCUUAAGAGCAAAUAAUAAUAAUACACACAAGUAUUUAUUAAAGUGUAAUACAGUAUAUAGAAUUUUCUUGGUGUGGAGUCUGAUAUGCAGGGCUGGCUUUGAUGAGGAGGAUAAAAAUUGCUGAGUCGGCCACUCAGGCAGUGCUUGCCCUGGAUGUUUUGAGCCUGAACAUGGGUGAUAGUCUUUUCAUCACCAUGAAUUACAUUAAAAGGAACAAUAGCUAGCUAAUACUUUAUUGCGGUACUUCUCAUCUGAAAUAUUAAACACACCGUAGAAACCCCAAACAGAGCUCCUUACAAACCUUUAAUUGUAAUAUAUUUUUUGAUGAUUAUUCACAUUGAAGGAAUUCAGGAAUUCAGUGAAUGUCAUUUUUUUAAAAACUAAUUUGUAUUGUCUGCUCUAGUGACACAGGUUUUACUAGUGAUAUACUAUUUUAAUCAAUCAUACUAUUCUUAUGAAAAAAAAGUCUAUUUUGGCAGGUUUUUGUGCCUUUAUUUCCCUCUUCUGGAAAAAAACAAACAACAGUGUAUGUUUCAGUAGUUUGGUUUUUCUUCUGUAUGAGUAAUGAGUCCAGGAAUAGGUUUGGUGCCCAAGGAAAUUUGCCACAAGGCACACGGACGCUUCAAGCACAAGUCUUGACUGGUUUUACUUUGUAUGUUUCUCAAACAGUUUACUCAUUGGCUUCUUUUAUAUCAAUCUCAGUCCUACACUUUGAAUCCUUGUUGCUGGCUCCACCCUUUUCCAGGGACCUGUGACCUGUGAGGAGCAUCCAGGAGCAGGUGGAUGCAGAGGCUGCCGGUGCCCUCCCUCAGCUCUGUUUCCUAACACCUAAGGAACCUCACGAAGCUGCGUUUUCUUUAUGACUUUACUUUUCCUCGUUCAUUUAUCUUAAGACAUCAAGUUGAAUAGAAGUGUGGGUGUGGUUUCUGCUUUUUAGGAAGAUAUAAAAAUUUAACCAGUACUACAAUACAUUCUUUUGAAUGUUAGGUCAAGAAAUUGGUGUAGAGAGUUUUGUUCAUCAUGGGGUGUAACUGUCCAACUUGCCGAGCAAUUUCAAUCAAAUCCCAUUAGAAAUACUCUAUAAGACAGACUGUAUGUCAUGAUUUCUAAGGCCUAGAUAAUAGGCCAUCAACAUAUCAUAACAAUAAAUGUUAACGGAAAACUUGGAAUAGUUGGAAUUCAUUGUAAUGGAAUUUAACUUGUAAGUCAAUGAGAGAUUUGUUUUUUCUUCCACAAUGGUUGCUAAAUCUAUUCGAUUUGAUCACAAUGGAAAUAAAUAUGAAGAUUUGGACUUUGCACAGGGCUCUGGAUGAGACUAGUGGUGCUUUGGGGGUGCAUAAGGCUACACCCACUGGCAGGAGAUAGGAGUGGAUUUUGAGCUAGUGGUGAGGGCAGAACCCUGGAGAUUUGGUGUCAGAAUUGUGCGCUGAGGUAGGUGCUUGGGUCUCAACUCAAGUGUAAUGUUUUAAGGGGCAGCAGAUUUCCCUCUGAAAAGCCUGUUGGCAUUAACCACACAAUUUAUUUGAUCUCAUGGCAGGAUUUCAUGUAAAACUGAUUUUGUAUGAAGUGACAACUGCACGGCAGUGGAGGUGGUGUGUGGGAUGGGAGUGAGUUGGUCUUUCUCUUUCUGGAAAGAAUAGUUAUUCAAAUGUUUCUUACUAAGUGCCAUCCCAGUACUGUGUUACAUGAAGAAUCUAGAACAAAAGUAUAAAAUCACCUAUGGGGAACCUUCAUUGAAUGUGCAGAUUAUUGCUGAUUAAAGGAGAUGUAGCCCAGCCCAAGGGAAUCUUCUAAAAUUAGCUCUACUGAAAAGGAAAAGCUAUUUGUAUUUUGUGUUAAUACUCUUCCAGGUUACAUAGUAGAAGUACAGGUGGAAGGUCGUCUUUCCUUAUAUUCCUUAAAUCAUUUAAAAACCUGAUAAACAUUUUGUUUGAUUUAGGUCAAACCUCAGCCAGUUACUGCUUUCCCUUUUUAAAACCAUGCUUACAAAAGCCAAUUUAUACAGGUAGGUAGCUAUAGAAUGAAAAUUAGGCUUUCUAAGAGAUUGAAAAUCUAUGUGAUAACAUGGUUUUUCUCUUCCCUUUGUGUUCUGGGAGCCUUCGUUAAGAAUGGACACAUCACUGUGGUGUGAAAACAGGAAAAUCAAAUCCCCGCAGGAGCAAUGACGCCCAGACUCUCCAAGCCAGAUUAGCUGGCUGUUCAGGCUAUGCUCCCAGUUUGCUAUUACUAGCCAUGAGAAUUCCAGUUUGGACCAAGUAAAGGUCAGCUAGGUAUUUUUAAAUGUUUAGGGUUUAAAAAGUAUCUUAUUUCAUUGGCCAUUAAGAGGGAAAGUAGGAACACGCUAGAAAUUAUUAGUGGAUUGCCUAGAAGCAAUAGAAAUGUGGUGGAGUUCUCUUCUCUACCUUGGCUGUGUGCCCUCGACUUUCUCCUGCCUCUCCAUUCAGUUUUUUUUUUCUUAAAGGGAAAAUAUUUUGCCUCUCAUUUUCAGUGUGAGGGGAGGGUUCAGAAAUAAUCUUGAGGCUCAAGCAGUUUUUAAUAAACAGAUUGACAGUGUUGAGAUAGUUUGAAUGCCAAAAUGUUUGAGAACUUUGCCAGAUUAAUAAUUACGUAAUAUAUGUUAGAAUGUAGGUUACCCAAGAAGUAGGAUGCCCAGAAAUAGCUUUUUACCCUUGAGAACAUGUGGGGAGUGAAUAUUGGGCUGGCUUCAGAGUUCAGUCAAAGUUGGUAUCAUUGAGCUCUGGCUUGUGGAGUUAUGGGCCUGAUUUAUCUCUGGCCAGCCCACAGUCGGCAAAGAUGAAGUCAAGAACCAGGAAGGCGUUUUCACGUGGGUCACGGCAGAUGGUGUGGGCAGGGACUAACACGCCUUAAGAAUUCACCUCUGCUGAGUUGAUGAUCUGUCUUGUGACUCAUGCUCUUUGUGCUUCACCUACUUGAAAACUUUGUACUUAACUGCCUCUUGAAACUGGUCAGACCUUUAGACAAGCUGAUGUUCACGAGCUUGCACUCUCUUGUAUAUGUACAGGAAACUCGCCCUGUCUCCUUUUUGUGAAGACUGAUGUAUGAUGCCAUUCUGUGAAACUGAUUAAAAGGAGCGAGCCGUUUGAUUCA